AUGCCUCAUAAACAUAAACGCAGAGAGGAAUUAGAUAAAUCGCUCACGGAUCUACCUCCAACACAGUUCGCCAACCCUUUACCAGCCUAUAAUCCUACAAGAGGGAAAACUACCACCACAUCAGCUGUUGAUAAGUCAAGGAAACCUAGCAAGAAACGAAAACGAAACCAUAACAAUCAAGAUGAUACGCCAAAACUUUUCGUCUCGCUCCUAGAAUUUCAGAAAGGAAAAAAAUUACCGCUUGGCCUCGACGAUGGUUUUAGAACGAAGAAGAACGCUAAAGCUUCUUCACAGGGACAAGCGAAGCCUGAUUCCAAAGUCACAACAAGCUCUGAAGUUCCUGUCAUUCGAUCCGGUGAAAAGCUAUCGGAAUUUAGUGCUCGAGUAGAUGCCGCAUUACCUGUGAGCGGCUUAAUUAACAAUUCAGUCAAGAGAGGGAACGACCCUCUAGGAUUGAAGCCUACACGUACUCGGAUGGAGAAGCGUAUGCACAAAAUGUAUGACGAAUGGCGGGCUGAAGAGACAAAGAGGAAGGAAAUGAGACAAGAGGCAGCUGAGCUUAUCGAAGAAAGGGAGUCAAGCGUAAACGGUCAAAUGAAUAGGAAAGGCUAUGUUUCUACCUCAGCUACCUCGGCCAAAGUUAAAAAAACAAAGAGAAAGAAAUUGUCAAAGGAGGCAAAUGAUAGCGAUGAAGACCCUUGGGACAAGAUUAAAAGGGACCGUGGAGAGAGGAAGCCUGGACUUCACGACCUUGUUCAAGCGCCCCCAGCUAUCUCAAUAAUUCCCAAAGAGAAGUUCCAAGCUCGUGUCACUGGUGCUAAUGUUGAGAAUGUCCCUAGGGGAAGUGGAAGUUUGCGAAGAAGGGAAUUACUGGGCGAGAUGAGGAGAAACGUUCUGGAGGGAUACCGAUCAAGUCUAGUUAGUUAA